AUGGAGGACAAAUGGGCCUCAGGAUGGCUUGGUCCUCGUCCGACCUCUUCCCCCUCCUCCAUAUUACCUUCCUAUCGCGCCUCCCUACUCGAGAAUAACCUAGUUCCCCCCCAAUAUACUCUAACCUGCACUGUUCCUGGCUGCUCGUCCGCUCCCUUCAUGCGCGCCGCCUCCCUCCAGCGACAUGUCGCCCAGUAUCACCAGACUACGGAGCAGCCACAACAGGGGCCGGUUGCCCAGACUGAGUAUCCCUGCCUAUUCGCGGGCUGCCUCGUCGCUCCAUUCAAGCGCUUCGCGGACCUCGACCGGCAUACAAAACACGUCCAUUCGCCCAAGAGCUUGCAGACGUCUCGAUACUGCGACUGGUCCAAGGGAAAGGAUUUCCAAGAUACUGCAGGUGACAGCCCUUUCACUCGAAAGGAUCAUUUCAAGGCGCAUCGGAGGGACUACCAACUUGAGCCGCUCCAAAGCUGA